UUCACUAAGUAAAAGCUCCAUGACCAGCCGAUCUCGGUCGAAUUCCGUCGACGUGUCGGCGCUGCUGGUGGUUCUCACGCCGUCGUCCGUGACGAAGCACCAGCAAGCGGACUUGGAAAAAGUGCACUUGAAUGCCGACGCGCACCCCGACUUGCGCCAAGAGACGGUCGCGCUCCUCCAGCUUGCGUUUCCCAUCAUAGCCACGCUGGCCCUGGAGUUUUUGCCUGGCGCGUUCUCUGUGGCUAUUGUCGGCCACAUUGACUCGCCCUUGCGCAAGGAGUACGUCGAUGCCGCGACCUUGUCGACGAUGUUUCUCAACAUCUCGGGGCUAUCGAUUGGGUGUGGCCUCUCGACGGCCAUGGACACUCUGUGUUCGCAAACCGUGGGCGCGGGCAAGUUGUACAACCUCGGCAUGUACUUUCAAAGCGGGUUGAUUGUGUUGGGGUCCAUGUUCCUUCCGUCCCUGAUCUUGAACUACCAUGCCGAAUACUUUCUCUUGGCGCUGCAUCAAGACCCAGUCGUGGCGGCGCUGGCGGGCACGUAUUCCCGCGUGUCAGUGUGGUGUCUACCCGGGUUUUUCCUGUACGAAUUGCUGAAAAAGGUGCUCCAAGCCCAAAACAUUGUCCACCCCAUGGCGUACAUUGCCAUUGUCAGCAACGUCGUGUACGGUCUAUUGGGCUACUACAUGUGCUACUACACCGAGCUUAGCUUCCUGGGCGCCGCGUAUGCGCGCACGAUCAGUAACACGCUGCUGCCUGUCUUUGCCCUGAUCUACUUGACGUGGAACCCCGUGUACAAGGUGUGGUGGCCGGCCGACCACAGCGUGUCGUCGCAGUGGAAGGCGGCGCUGGCGCACGUCCCCGAGUUCUUCACCCUCGGCAUCCCCGGCAUGCUCAUGAUGUUGAUGGAGUGGUGGGCGUUCGAAGUGUGUGCGGUUAUGGCGGGGUGGAUGGAGGACCCUGUGCUCGCCAUCAGCGUGCAAUCGGUCCUCAUGAGUUUGUCGGCCCAAGCGUACAGUUUAUUCUUGGGCUUGAGCAUCGCCACAACGGUGCGCCUCGGGAACGCCCUCGGGGCGAAUGAACCCCAUCGGGCGGAAUUGAUUUCAAGAGUCGCUCUUGGAGUCGCGCUUGUCGCGGGUGCGUUCGUGUCGCUGGUGUUCUUGGUCACGCACGAGUACCUGCCGUUGAUUUUCAUCAGCGACCCCGCCUCCAUCGAGUAUGUACAGGACUUUACAGUAAUAGGGGAUACAUGGACGACUCGCUCAUACGGGGACUUUCGUGUAGGGCCACGCAACACGCCCUCGCCAUGUUUGUCGUGUUUGAACUGAUCGACUGCAUGAGUUGUGCCGCGCAGAGCUUGCUCAAGGGCAUGGGCAAACAGGCCAUUGGUGCGUAGUGGGCUGAUUCUCGAUUAGUUAGUUGGUGUUUGUACUCGUUCAAACGUCGUUCUAACGUUCCUUGGCCGUGUGCCACGUACAAUUAUUGUGUAGGGGCGUGGGUCAAUGCGGCGGCGUACUACUUGUUUGGGAUUCCCAUUGGCGCCUUGUUGGCGUUUCAAUAUGGGUUUGGUGUUGAAGGGUUGUGGGUUGGGCUCGCGCUCGGGCUCUUUGGGGGUUUCUGCGUCUACUUGUGGUUCAUUUGCCGCGUGAAUUGGAAGCAAAUGGCCGAUGACGCCGCCGUCCGCACGUCCACGUAGAGCACCAUCCUAACAAGUGCAUGUUUUCAUCGAUAUAACGGCAACCAAACUGCACCAUUUUCUUGGAGGAUAGCUGUAAGUACUUAUGGGCAAGUGCAAAGUCACGCAGGAGCACUCGCCUUCAAUUUCCA